AUGCCGCCAGAAGAUGGUUCAGCCUCAAUGGCAAUUCCUAUCGUUGACUUCUCGUCCUGGAAGAAUACUCAGGACCAAGCUUCGCGGCUAAGAACGGCGCAAGAACUCGUCAAAGCCUUCCAAACCGUUGGCUUUGUCUACAUCAUCAACCACUCGCUGUCCGAGUCCGUCCUGAAUGAAGCAUUUGAUUGGAUGAAACGCCUUUUCAAUCUUCCCGAAGAGGAGAAAAUGAAAGCUCCUCAUCCUGAGGGCUGGGCAGUGCAUCGGGGUUACUCAUGGCCUGGACUGGAGAAAGUCUCUCAGACAAUGCCCACCAGAAAUGAUGAAGAGGCAAAAAGAAAGUUGCGAGAGAUCCCAGACGUCAAAGAAGUAUACGAUAUCGGGAGUGAUCAAAACACUGACCAACCUAAUCAAUGGAUCCCCGAUGAACCCCUCGUCGGCUUCAGGGCUUUUAUGAUCAAGUUCUAUUGGGAGUGCUGGGCAGUCGGCGAAGAUCUUUUACGUGCUCUAGCCAUUGGAUUGAAUCUAGAGGACGAUUCUUACCUAGUCAAAAAACAUUCGGGCCAUGGUAAUCAACUACGACUACUACAUUACUUGCCCGUACCAGCCGAGGAUCUUGAGAAAGAGCGGACAGCCCGUUGUCCAGCGCAUACGGACUGGAGUUCCUUAACUAUGCUGUUCCAAGACGAUUGCGGAGGUCUGGAGGUUGAAGAUAUUUCUCGGCCAGGCACAUUUGUUUCUGCACCUCCUCUAAAGAAUGCCAUUGUUGUAAAUGUUGGUGACCUUCUGCAAAUGUGGAGUAAUGGUAAGUGUCCUAUUCCACUGGCACGAUGCGACGAUGAAUGGUCUGACCCGUACAGACCGACUCAGAUCUACAAACCACAGGGUCAGAAUGCCACCGCUUGCCGAUCGCUACGAGGGUCCAAAUCGGAUGACCCGUGA